AUGUCCCCUCCAUCCCGCAAGAAGUCUUUACGCUUGAGGCUGUACCAAUGGCUCUGGCGACUUCGGAAUCUCAGCACACCCUUACGGCUCCGAGGCAGCCUGGUCCGACUACGCCGAUUCCAUGAAAGCCCCCUUCUCGCUCUAAUACGCUUAUUGAUUCCAUUUCCAAGCUGGAAAUUUCCUGUUCCGGACCUGGUUGCGCCCAUUAAUAUUCUCGGAAAUGUGGAAUUGGAAGAAAAUAAGCUAGAAAACUUGGACGACCUCCGGAGUAUCCCACUAUGGCGCGCGCGAGACACCCCCAUACGGUCCCUCUACCGAAUGUAUGAGGCAAUGGUAUCCGGUAUGUACGAGGCGCUCGGUCCCGAAACGGAAUACUUUUGGUAUCAGCGGAACUGGUCGUUGCAGGGUAUUCGCGACCCACGGGAUACCGAUCCGGUGCGAUAUGCCAUUCUAGCGUGUCUGUUGGAAGAACUCGUGGUUGCAUUCAACUGGCGGUUGAGUUUAGGUCUACGUCGGGACCGCAACCAUAUUAUGCGAGAAACGGGAAAGGAUUCUUUCCCUCCGUAUGCGCCCCUCUCAGGUCCAAUUUGGACGAGCUCGGUACCGGCACUUUCCCCCGAAGACCUCGAUCGGUUUCCACCCGAAUAUAUUUCCGACGACAGCAAGCUCGUGCUAGAGGCAGAUGGAGUGAACAAAGUCUUUGGUCGCCGAAAUAUCGUCACGAAUGUCGGCUGGCUUUACACCAUCUGA